AACUAACUAAAACACACUAUCAAAUAUGGGUGCCUACAAAUACUUAGAAGAGUUGCAAAGAAAGAAGCAAUCCGAUGUCAUGAGAUUCUUGUACAGAGUCAGAUGUUGGGAAUUCAGACAAAAGAAUGUGAUCCACAGAGCCUCCAAGCCUUCUAGACCUGAAAAGGCCAGAAAGUUGGGUUACAAGGCCAAGCAAGGAUUCGUCAUCUUCAGAAUUAGAGUCAGAAGAGGUAACAGAAAGAGACCUGUCAGAAAGGGUGCCACUUACGGUAAGCCAACCAACGAAGGUGUCUCUCAGUUGAAAUACCAAAGAUCUUUGAGAACCAUUGCUGAAGACAGAGUCGGUAGAAAAGCUGCUAACUUGAGAGUGUUGAACUCUUACUGGGUUAACCAGGACUCCACCUACAAGUACUUUGAAGUCAUUUUGGUGGACCCUCAACACAAGGCCAUCAGAAGAGAUGCCAGAUACAACUGGAUUGCCAACCCAGUGCACAAGCACAGAGAAGCUAGAGGUCUCACCUCCGCUGGUAAGAAGUCCAGAGGUAUCAACAAGGGUCACUUGUACAACAAGACCAAGGCCGGUAGAUACCACACCUGGAAGAAGCACAACACCUUGUCUUUGUGGAGAUACAGAAAGUAAUCUCUGGGUGGAUGAGGUAUGGUUUGCAGAGUAUAUAGAGAUAUUGUUGAAUGCAUGCGACCAGCUGAUA